AUGGGCAAUGCUGAUUUUUGCUCAAGAUUCCCUCUUCCAGAAAACGUACCCGUUGCUUUGCAAAAUGAAUUUAUAAAAAGUUUAAUUGUAUCCAAUGAGUUUCCGCUAGAUCAUGCGUUGAUUGCAAGUGAAUCACGAAAAGACUCGUUUUUGCAGCAAAUUUUUAACUACAUGAAGCAUGGUUGGCCGCAGAAUUUAGAUCGCAGUUUAGCCAAUGUUUAUGCGCAACACCAAGACCUGGAAGAAGUUGAAGGUUGUUUAUUGUACCAAGAUCGUGUCGUUAUUCCUGCUAGUUUACAAAAGCAAGUACUGCGUUUAUUGCAUAAAAAUCACUCAGGAAUAACCAAAAUAAAGCAGAUGGCCAGAAGGACAGUUUACUGGCAUGGCAUGAGUGUUGACAUCGAAGAUUUCGUAAAAACUUGUAGAGUGUGCUGCCAGAUGAAUGCAAUUCCAAAGCAAGUUCCGCAUUCUAACUGGAUUCCUACCACAAAACCGUUUGCCCGCAUUCAUGCGGACUUCUUUUAUUUCGACAAGAAAGUUUUCCUGGUCAUUGUAGACAGUUUCUCCAAAUGGCUUGAAGUUGAGUACAUGAAGUUUAGUACUGAUGCCAGGAGUGUAAAGUCGAAGUUUAUCAGCGUUUUUGCUAGAUUUGGGUUACCGGACGUAGUUGUUACGGACGGAGGACCACCGUUUAGCUCUAAAGAACUGAUUGAUUUUUUUCAGACACAUGGUAUCAAGGUUAUGAAGAGCCCGCCGUAUAACCCGUCCAGCAAUGGACAAGCAGAGCGCAUGGUAAGAGUGGUAAAAGAAGGUUUGAAAAAGUUUCUGUUGGAUCCAGAGAUGGCAAGGCUAAGUAUGGAAGAUAUGGUGUCAUAUUUUUUGUUUGGUUACAGGAACACAUGUUUGGAGGAUAACAGUUCGUUUCCUUCUGAAAAGCUGUUUAGUUUUAAGCCCAAGACGCUGUUGGAUUUGAUCCAUCCUAGGAAUAGUUUUAGAAAUCAUCUGACGAAGCGAGAGUCUAUGAAUAAACCUGUAUAUAGUAACAAAGCCAAACAACACCCAAAGUAUGACUGGAUUGAUAAGUUGCGCCCAGGAGAUCUAGUUUAUUAUAAAAAUUUUAGACCAACUGACAUUCGACGAUGGUUAGAAGCUAAAUUUCUAAAACGUGCUUCUUUAAACACAUUUCAGGUUUCCGUCGGAAGUCGGGUUUAUCUGGCGCACCGCAAUCAGCUGAAGCUGUUUGGCACCCGCAAGAAUCGUUACGGUUUGAUUUUUGCGAGGGAUGAGGGGAUUAGUAGUAACCGAAAACGAGCACGUGACGAUGACGAUGAAGGCGUUGACGACGAUGCUGACGAUUUUCUCGGUUUCGCAGCAGAUUCGUUUAUUUACCGAGGAACUGACGAUCAUCCCAAGGUUUGUGAAUCGAGAAGUGGAAGUGUAGCAACAAGUUUACCACCUGAGGAAGUAGAUCCCCAGGAAGGCCCAUCUACGCGGCAGUGGUCGCAAUCGAAGCCAUCGAAUCCAUCGUCGAGUUCCAGUGUACAGCCGAGGAAAAUACGUCGCUUCAAUACAUCGAAGCAAUCGAGUUUAGCGUCGAAAUCAAAGCGUCAUCCGUCGAGUUUACGACGUUCAACUAGAUCACAGUGUUUAAAGAAAAAUUCUGAUUUUAUAUACUAUUGA